AUGGCCAAUUUAGUAGAACUCACUAACAAAUUGUCGACAACGUUCGAAGCCUGUCUGGGCAAUAUCUUAUCUACAUCAACACAACAAGAAGAGCAACGGCUACAACAAAACAAUAAAAAAGCUCCUCAAGAUUUAGAUACCCAAAUCACUAACCUAAAAGCAACAUUCCACGAAAUCGAACGAGGGAUUAAUGAUAUUCGUUUAAAAGCAUUAAGCACCAAAGAAGUAUCUGCUAUAGAGUCCAAUAAACUUCUGAGAGAAGACAUUGAUAUCAAAAGGAAGGCAAUAGAAAAGUAUAUUACCAAAAUUGAAAGGUGGGAAGAAGAGCUACCCAUAAUAUUAAAAAACGCUAGAAAAGCCCUAGCGCUACGAACAGAUGGGCAAGAUUUCGAUGCUACACAUGUAGCUAUACCUCCACCGGCAACAGACCUUGAACCAUCAGCUACAAAUGACAAUGCGACAUCCUCUCCAAGCAGCUCCGACCAUCAGCAAGCUGCUACAGCAACUGCAGAGACGACAUCAAGUGUACCUGCCGAUCAGCAGUCAAGUGCCAAAGCAGAAGAGACUGUUGAAGAAGCUACAGCGACUCAUAUGGAUGUAGAUGAUGAUGAAGAUGAUGACGAUGAUGACGUGGAAUUUGAAGAAGUUUAG